CGGGCAGCCCCCUCCCGCCAGGCCCUGCCGGACCCGCGCCGUCUUCUUGUCACCCGCGGUUGCCUCGGGCGGGGAUCGGUGCCCCGGAGCGCAAAGCCUGACGCAUCCCCCCUUUCUCAUCCCCCCCCCACACACCUCCCACCACCCAGACCCUGACGGCGAUGAGACAGAGCGGCGCCUCCCAGCCCCUGCUGAUCAACAUGUACCUGCCAGAUCCCGUCGGAGACGGUCUCUUCAAGGAAGGGAAGAGCCCGGGGUGGGGGCCGCUGAGCCCAGCGGUACAGAAAGGCAGCGGGCAGAUCCAGCUGUGGCAGUUUCUGCUGGAGCUCCUGGCGGACCGCGCCAACGCCGGCUGCAUCGCGUGGGAGGGCGGCCACGGCGAGUUCAAGCUCACGGACCCAGACGAGGUGGCGCGGCGCUGGGGCGAGCGCAAGAGCAAGCCCAACAUGAACUACGACAAGCUGAGCCGCGCGCUGCGCUACUACUACGACAAGAACAUCAUGAGCAAGGUGCACGGCAAGCGCUACGCCUACCGCUUCGACUUCCAGGGUCUGGCCCAGGCCUGCCAGCCGCCGCCCGCGCACGCCCACGCCGCCGCCGCCGCCGCCGCCGCCGCCGCCGCCGCCCAGGACGGCGCGCUCUACAAGCUGCCGGCCGGCCUCGCCCCGCUGCCCUUCCCCGGCCUCUCCAAACUCAACCUUAUGGCCGCCUCGGCCGGCGUCGCGCCCGCCGGCUUCUCCUACUGGCCGGGCCCGGGCCCCGCCGCCACGGCCGCCGCCACCGCCGCACUCUACCCCAGCCCCGGCUUGCAGCCCCCGCCCGGGCCCUUCGGCGCGGUGGCCGCCGCCUCGCACUUGGGGGGCCACUACCACUAG